AGUUUUUCCAUUCAUUUUGAGGAUUGAAAGAUUUUUAAUUUCUGCUCAAAGGAAAAUCUUUCACGAAUGUUCUUUUCAAAGGGAUUAGUCAUAACCAGGGGAGGCAUCACAGCAACAAAAUAACUUUGGUGGAGAAAAUAUUAAAUAUAUGCCAUUGGCUUGUAUUUUGUUCUUGCAUUUAUUUUCUCUACAUUAUUUAUAUUUUUUUCUUGUAAAAAUUUGAAUUGGCGAUAAAGUUUUUUUUCAAAGAAAAUCUAAAAAAUAAAAGUAACACAAAAGAACUAUGCAGAAAGAUAUUUAAAAAAGGCUAUGUAAAAAAUUGUAAAACAUCUGUACAUGAAAGGCCGAGAAAAAACCCACAAUCAUCAAUUUUUCACUUGUUAAAAAAAUAAAUAAACAUAAAGACUAUAAAAAAAGUCUUUUUAAAAGAGUUAAAAAUAUUUUUUAAAAAAAAAAAAAAUCAGGUAUAAAACCUGUUCGAUAUAAUAUCCGGUUAUAACCGGGCCCAAAUCCAGAUAUCCACCUGUUUUUGGACCGGAUUAACCCGGGCAGAUACCCUCCCGCUUUUUAAAAUCCGGAUCUGGAUCUGGUUCCGGAUGCACAGCCCUAAUCUCAACGUCCAAGUUAUUCUUAUCCUAAUACUUAUUUACGCAUUAUAUAAGCACGAGUAUAUACACUCUCCCUGAAUCAGAUAUUGAAAAAAGUAAAGGAAAAAAAAACUCUCCCAAAUGAUCAUGUCUGCUGCCAAAUUUGGUGGUGAGUCUUCACUUCCAGGCCAAAGAUUAUUGGGGAAAGUCGCAUUGAUUACAGGAGGAGCCACUGGUAUUGGAGAGAGCAUUGCGCGCCUAUUCCACAAACAUGGUGCAAAAGUUUGUAUAGUUGACUUACAGGACAACCUUGGCCAGCAUGUCUGUGAUACCCUUGGUGGUGAACCAAACUCUUUUUAUUUCCAUUGUGAUGUCGCCAAAGAAGAUGAUGUUUGCCGUGCAGUUGACUUCACUGUCAGUAGAUUUGGUACACUUGACAUCAUGGUCAAUAAUGCUGGUUUGUCAGGUUCACCGUGUCCCGAUAUCUGCAGUGCAGACAUAUUGGAGUUUGAGAAGUUAUUUGAUGUAAAUGUGAAGGGAGUCUUCCUUGGAAUGAAACAUGCAGCUCGGAUUAUGAUCCCAUUGAAGAAGGGCUCUAUAGUUUCUCUGUGCAGUGUUGCAAGUGCCAUAGGUGGGCUCGGUCCACAUGCCUACACAGGGUCCAAGCACGCUGUUUUAGGGCUCACAAAGAAUGUUGCAGCUGAGCUUGGACUACAUGGGAUACGUGUCAACUGUGUUUCUCCUUAUGCUGUUCUAACAAGCUUGGCUUUAGCUCACUUGCCGGAGGAGGAGAGAACUGAGGAUGCCAUGGCUGGUUUUCGUGAUUUUACUAGGAGGAAUGCUAACCUGCAGGGAGUAGAAUUGACCACUGAUGAUGUGGCUAAUGCUGUGCUAUUCUUAGCAAGCGAUGAAGCAAGGUAUGUAAGUGGAGCUAAUCUCAUGGUUGAUGGGGGCUUCACAUGCUCAAAUCACUCACUUCGGGUGUUUAGAUGAAAUGACAAUCAAGAGGCUCAUGCUUUGCUUUGGUGUUAGUUGGAGUCGUGUUAACUAAGGUCUUUUUGGUGGGCAGAGGGCUGUAGAGUAGAAUGGGUUGAGUUGGGUAAGUUCAUGAUAGAAUGUAGCUUUUUGUUUUAUCAUGUUUAUAAGUUGCACCUGCAUCAAAUGAUCUUCACUGAUUAAGCAAGUCUUGUGAAUUCUGAAAGAUACAAGAUUGUUCUUUCUAAAUUUGCUGUUAACAACAGGUAUGUACAAAGAGGUGAUACAAAGCAAUUUUUGUUUUCUU